GCCCUAAUCUGACUUUGGGACCCUCAAAGCGGCGUGUCGUUUAUACCAGUCAAGACAACGACAUCCAGUGAGAGUGAGUCAGUUUCCCUUGGUCAGCGCACAGCCUAGAAAGCGAGGGAAAAAUGGCAGCAGCGUCGUUUAGGUGGCUACUGCAGCUGCACAAGGACGUGCCAAAAGCCGCUCGGUUCUACGCCGAAGGGUUGGACUUCACCGUCAAUGUCUGCACUCUUCGAUGGGCGGAGCUCCAGUCCGGCCCACUUAAGCUUUCCCUCAUGCAAUCCCCCAAGGAUCAUGUCACGCAGAGCGGAAACUCUUCACUGUUGUCCUUCACAGUGCCAGACAUUAAUCAAACGGUGACCAAGUUGAUUGCGUUGGGAGCUGAACUCGAUGGCCCUAUCAAAUAUGAAGUUCACGGCAAGGUUGCAGCCAUGCGAUGUAUUGACGGGCACAUGCUAGGCCUCUAUGAACCUGCUUAGGAGUUUCAGAAGCAAACCCCUUGAAAAAGUGCCACAAGCUGAAGACCAAAAAUAGGGUGCUUGGAGCCUUCGUUAGUGAAUCAUGAAAAUUUUACCCCAUUGAGAAGAUUUGAGAAAUUGCCAAUUCUCUCGGAUUCCCUUCAACGAUUGUUUUUGUUUGAUCA